AUGGCAAAGGACCAAGACUAUGAGGCAGCCGUCGAGAAGGGCACUAAGCUGUUGCAAAUGUUGACCAAGAAGACCAAAACGUCCAUUGAAAGCGCAUUCAAGCACACGAAAGAACUAGCCCAGCAUGGCUAUUACCUGGAGACCAACCAGACUAGCUUCGAAAUCGAAUGUACCGCCAGAGCGCUCCGCGACCUGAACGUCAACCACAAGAUGAUAUAUGAUGGAGGAGAGAACACAAUACGUGGAUACUUCUCUCAAGUCAGCAACCCGAGCGCUGGCGUUCUCAUUGCGGAUACCAAUCUCUCACCUUCCCAUGCAGCAGCUUUUGACGAUGCUGGAGACAAAGGAUAUAUUGAUUUACCAUUACUGCGCCACUGGUCAGACGUAGCUUUCCUGCAAUAUCUCUCCUCUUUCCACUCUCCACUUGUCCAGCCCAUAUCGCUUAACUAUAUCUUCCGCAUUCAGAUUCAGAACUCCGAGACCCUCUUAGUGCUCAAUAAGAUUAUCAAGAUGCAUGGUCGUAGCAUGUACGAACUUUGGCCCGGUAUUACAUUCGAUAUACAAAGUGAAGAGGGAAAGGCUAUCCUUGGAACUCCACAUGGGAGUGGCGUUGCAUGGAUGCUCAUCCAACACAGCAAAGCAUUGAGAGAGAGAACAAUUUAA